AUGUUUCGUCGCGCCAAUGCCCCUAAUUGGCUUCGCCAGAUACGAGCUCGCCGCUCCAUACCCUACUUCACGCUGGGCGUCCGCCACGAAUCCUCGCAGGCAUCACGCAUCGACCGAGUCACAGCACGACUACCCCAGCGCCUACAAAAAUACACCAAUGGGCUCCGAAAUGCACCGGUAUCUCACGUUGUGUCGUUUCUAAUCCUUCAUGAGCUUACGGCCAUUGUCCCGCUGUGUGCGCUAUUUGCGUUGUUCCACUAUACUACUUUUGUGCCGGUGGCAUACGUGACCUCGCAUUUUGGGGACUAUGUGCAGACCGGCAUCUCGCGAUUUGAGAGGUAUUUUAGUAGGAAGGGCUGGUUUGGAUUUGGCCCGGGCGAUGCCGACAAGGAAAAGGCGGACGAUGCCAUGGAUAAAUGGAAGAGUGGAGAGCAAAAGUACAAGAUCCUCGUCGAGGUCGCUCUGGCGUAUGCGAUUACCAAAGCCCUUCUGCCUAUUCGAAUCAUAGGAAGUGUCUGGGCAACUCCAUGGUUUGCGGGCGUGUUGCUACGCUUGAGACGAGUCUUGACGCGCAAAUUAUGA